CCUUCAGUGGUGGUUGCUCGAUCACAUGAUAAAUUGAUCGUGAUGCAUACAUACAUAUAAAAAAUAAAACCGGUAUCCCGAUUCUACUAAUGUGUGACCUUCCCUUACAAAUUUUUUUCUUCCCCUAUACAAUAUAAAACGACCCCCAAAUCACUUGUCUUGUUUGUGCUAUCAGCUCAUUCUGUACUCAUUAUAAUUAGACUCAAUUAGUGUAACAUUCACUACAUACUUAAUACCUAAUACUAAUUCUCAAUCCUUAAUAGUCAAACAUGUGUUAUUGUCUUUCCGAUUGCAUACUUAUAAUUCUUUCCAUCUUAUUCCCUCCCUUACCAGUAUGGAUCAGAAGAGGGAUUUGUUCUGCUGAUUCAUUUAUUAAUAUCUUAUUAUCGAUCUUAGGUUAUUUACCUGGGUUGAUUCAUUCAUGGUAUAUCAUUGCUAAAUAUCCUCCUUAUCAUCAGGGUACUAAGGUAUACUAUGUAUACAGAAAUGAUAUUGAGGCGCAAGUACCUCGUGAUCAACAUGUUCAUCAUCAUCAUCACUGUGAUGCAUCUCAAGAAACUCCAAUAAGAAGUCAACCAGGAUCUAUUCAAACUCCAGCAGCUAACUAUGGUGCUAUUUCUGAAGGUUCAUCAUCAAAUGCCAAUGGUACUAAUGCUCCACCUGCUUACACUGAAUUCGAUAACAAGACUCAACAUUAAACGUGAUUGCUUUGCGAUCUGCUUUCAUCCAUCCUAGGGACUUUUCUUCUUCAUAAUUUGGUAUUGUCAUCGUUAAUUGUUAUUCCUCCAUAGAUUUAUUUAAUUUUUUUUAUUUCAUUUUCAUUUUAAUUUUACUUCUUUCUAUACAUCCCUAAUUAUAAUAUUAAUUAUAAUACUCAAUUGCAGCCAGCGCUCUAAUCAAGCCACAUAAAUAAUUUGUAGAAAAU